GCAUGCACCUCCUCCCAUGUGAUCAACAGUGUACUUGAAAGAGGGGUGCAACUCUACCACCACCACCAUCAUUCCACACAAAACCUUGGCCUCUUUCUCUCAGCAUCAAGGAUGACAAAGGCUCACCGCCAAGGUGACUCCGACGAGAUUGAGGUUUUCGAGGCGACACGAUACUUCUCCGGUGGAAUCGGUACCUGCGAAGGCCUUGGCCUUCAAGGAAGCACGAGGGAAGAGAGAGUGAGUUGGGGAGCAGGUAGGAGGAGUUUGGAUACACUGAGAGCCAUACUCCCAGGCCGGUCCCGAAAGGCCGACGACCAGUGCAAGGAGAAGAAGAAGAACAAGCAGCGAAGCUCCCCUGGUGGUAAGCUAGCUAGCUUCCUCAUCUCUCUCUUCAAGCAAACAAUCUCUAGGAAGAAAUCACAGUUCAAAGAUCGACGUUUCGAGGAGAUGCACACAGGGCGGAGGAGAAGCAGCGUCAGCUGUUCUCAGACUGUAAGAAGUAACGAGCUGGAUUACUCCAACAGCAAGCCCAGUGGGCACCAGAUCAAACCUGCUCAUUUCAGCUCACACAGAGAAGCUUGGUACGAGAGAGCGAAGUCCAUGGAUGGUUAUCCUGAGAACAAAUGGGUGAUCGAUGGAGUUGCUAAUGGGCAAGACAAGGAAGAGUUGUCCAUGCCGACGGAAGAUGAUGGAGGAUGGAGUGAAUCCAGCUCUGAUCUGUUUGAACUGAACACCUUUCAUCUGGCGAGUGAUCCGUUCACAGAUCUGCCCGUUUAUGGGAGCCCAAACUCGGAUACACUCGAGAGAGCUGCUUCCAUUGCUGGUGCUGCUUCGUAAGGACUCAGAAUACGUAUUACUAUAUGGUGUUUGAUAUUACCGGGGGCUUAUUGGGUCGGGUCGAUCCGAAUCCGCCAGUAAGGGUUUAAAGCAUCUCAAUCUAACUCUGAUGCAAUACAAUUAUGUGACGUA